CUCCUCCUCCUCUCCUCCCGCCCUUGCUCCCCAAGGCUCUGCGGCUUCAGCCCUGAGCGGCGCGGGCAGCGGCUGCGGCCAUGGACACGGAAGCUGGGGAUGGAUCGGGAGCCGGGAGCCGGGGCAGCCAGUGCUCAGGAUUUCCAGUGACCCCUGCAGGGUCCUGGGAGGGACCUGAGGGCUGUGAGAGGAAGAAAGGCCAAUGCUGGGGGUCCCUGGAGCGCUGGGGCCAGACUGUGGAUGGGGAAGUAUUGCUCCCAGCUCUGUAUGAAGAGGAAGAGGAAGAGGAAGAAGGAGAGGGAGAGGAAGAGAAAAAGGAAGAGAAAGAGGAGCAGAUGGAUAGUGAUGCGAGGUCCCUGAACGGAGGCAAGCCUCGGGGGCUGAGCCUCACUGAGACUGAGCUGGAGGAGCUGAGGGCCCAGGUGUUGCAACUGGUGGCUGAGCUAGAAGAGACCCGGGAGCUGGCUGGCCAGCAUGAGGAUGACUCACUUGAGCUACAAGGACUCCUGGAGGAUGAGCGACUAGCCAGUGCCCAGCAGGCGGAGACCUUCACCAAGCAGAUCCAGAAACUGCAGGGUGAGCUAAGGUCCCUCAGGGAGGAGAUCUCCAUACUCGAGCAAGAGAAAGAGACUGAACUGAAGGACAUCGAGCAGGAGCUGCAGAUGGCCCACGAUGAGAUCCAGACUCUCCGGCAGGCGGCCGAGGACGCAGCCGUGGAGCACGAGGGUGACAUAGCCACCCUGCAGGAGGACCUGUGCCGCAUGCGCUCCGAGCUCACUGGCAUGGAGCGCAUCCAGGAGGAGUACGAGAUGGAGAUCAACUCUUUGCGAUCUGAGAUCCAGUUGAAGGAUUCUGAUCAGUCUGAGAGCUUGGUCCUCUCAGAUGUGAGCUUACUGCAAGAGGAAUUGCAACAGUUGCGAGACCGUUGCAACCUCUUGACUGAGGAAUACCAUGCCCUGAAAAUGAGUAACAGCAGCCUGUGUGAACAGCUGGAGGAGAUGGAAUCCCAGAGGUACUGCAGUGAGGACCAAUUGGAGAACUGCAGAAAAAUGAGGGUGGCAGAAAGAUGGUUGCAGUCACAGAAGGAGAUGUCAACGGCUGAAUCUCAGACUUCAGGAAUAGAUAUGUUUGUGGAUAUCAUGUCCUGUGAUGACGAUGAAGAGGAUGAUGAUGAAGAAGCUGAACGCCUUCGGGAACAGCUUCAGAGUGCUGAGGAGCAAGUGCAGAAGAUGCAGAACAAGUGUAAGGACCUGCACGCUGAACUGCAAGAGUUACAGAAGGUGCAUCAGGCCAGUGAGGCAGAGCAGAAGCGUCUUCAGAAGGAGCUGAAGCUCUGUAAAGACGAGAUACAUCGGCUCAAAAGUUGCCAGGAUGCCCUUAUCAAAAGCCAGACAGAGGACCUGGUGAAGAAGCUGUGUGAGCUGCAGAAGAAGUACCAGGAGAGCCAGUGUGAGCAGGCAAACCUCAUCAAGGCCCGGAACCAGCUUCAGGAAGAGCUUCUUGAAAGCAAGGAGGAGCAGCGGAAGCUCAUGAUUAAGAGGGGAUCCCUGGAAGAAUGCAACAGAAAUGAGAAGGAGCUGAAGGCCAAGCUGGAAGAAUUGCAGUGUCGCUACCGCAAAAGCCAGGACCAGAACUGUCGGCUCUUGGAUAGGCAGGAGAAGUUACAGGAGGACCUGGAGUUUUGUGGGAUGGAGGUAGAACGCCUCAAAGCCAUGGAGGCUGCCAACCAAGAGGUUCUUGAGAAGAACAUGGAGCUGGAGGCCAGGCUGCAGGACCUGGAAAUGCUCUACCAGACCAGUCAGGAGGAGCAGGCCCGGCAGCUCCAGGUGCAGGAGGAGCUGCAGGAGGCUCUGGACCUCUGCCAGCAGGAUGUGGAGAUGCUCAGGAACAUGCAGCCUGAGGAGAAGAGGCCCACCAAGUGUGAGGACCUGGUGUCUAAGCUGAAGCAGCUGCAGGAAAUGUACAACAGCAGCCAGAAAGAACUGGCUCAGCUGCAGUUUGAGCAGGCAGAACUCCUGGAGAAUCAGAGGCGGAUGCAGGAGGAGCAAGGGCAGCUGCAGGAGGAGCUGCACAAGCUCUCCUUCCCUGUCCCUAAACCCAGCCUCCUCCUCAAAAAGAGUCAGGAGUUGUUGGAAAAGUUGCAAGAGCUGGAAGAACUGCAGACCUCCUAUCAGAGCCGGCAGGAGGAGCAAAAAAAGCUAGUGGAGAAUCAGGACCAGCUGCUGAGGGAGCAAGCCCAGGUGCAGGAAGAGUUUCGACUUUUAAGGGAGAGCCAGACGGAGAAUCCCUGUGAAACGAUGUCGUCUGGAGACGAGAGCAGCAAGUUGAGUGACCUAUGUGACAAGAUCCAGGAGCUGCACGUGCUGUACCAGACCAGCAACAUAGAGCAGGAGCAGCUGCAGCAGGAGCAGGGCAGGCUGUUGGAAGAGCGCAAGAGGCUGCAGGAGGACCUGCAGCUUUGCCAGGAGGAGAUGCAGCUGCUGCAGUCUCUGACUCCGAGGUGCUACGACAGCAACAGCAGGGGCUAUCGAAGGAGUUAUGUCAGCAGCAACAGCAGCAUCUACUCUGAGGAGGAUUAUUGCAAUGACGGCAGUGAGGAUGUGGAGGUCCAGGAGGUGGUCGCUUGUGUGCUGACCAGGCUGCAGACAGUGAAGGCCAUGUAUGUGAUCAGCCAAGAUGAGCACGGCCAACUGCAGUUAGAUAUGAUGCAGUUACUGAUAAAGCUGGGCCACCUUCAGGAGGAGCUUGAAUUCUGCCAGGAGGAGCUCAAGGACUGCUCGGAUAUCAAGAAAGUAGAAGCCCCUCCUGUUGUAGCCCAGAUCAGCCCUGAGUGCAAAGAGCUGCAGUGCAAGUUGCGAGAGCUGCAGCUCCAGUACCAGGCCAGCAUAGACGAGCAGAGCCGGCUUCUGGCCGUGCAAGAAGACCUGGAAUGCCAGCUCCAGUGCUGCCAAGAGGAGCUUUGGCAGCUCAAGGCUCAGAGGGCUGCCGUGCCAAAGGACAACAUGGACUGGUGCAAGAGCGGCACCCAGAACGUCGGCAAAGUGAUAGGCAGGACGGGCCUCAAAGCCGGCAAGGCGAUCUGCAAGACCAACAGUCGGAGCCAGGAGCUGGAGGUGGUCCUGUACUACAAGGCCAGCCAGAGUGAACUGCAAAGAGAGGAGUCCGAGGAGCUGUGUGAGACCCUGGAGGAGGAAGAGUUGCUGCUCCACCACAUGAUGGAGGAAGAGCCCUGCGCAGAGGAGGAAGGGAUCGAGGAAGAGCCAGAACCGGAGCCCGAGCCCGAGCCCGAACCCGAGCCGGAGCCCGAGCCGGAGCCCGAGCCCGAGCCGGAGCCGGAGCCCGAGCCCGAGCCCGAGCCUGAGGAGCCGCCAGAACCCGAGGCCAAACCACCGGAAGAAUGUGUGCCCAUAGAAAAGCAUGUAGAAUUCACGGAGUGUGUGGAAGAAGGGCCCGACGACCUGUGGGACCAGCUCGGCUGCUUCGAGGACGGAUCAAUAGAGAAGAUCGAUUUGCAGGACAUCGGGCAGGACGAAGAGCUGGCCAAGCCGCAGCCCAAGGAGGGCACCCCCAUCAAGAUCUCUGAGAGCAAAAAGCCACCCCCUGACCCCGACCCGCCCCUCCUCUCCCUGCCUCGCGUAGGCCUGGUGGUCAUAUCGGCUCUGCUCUGGUGCUGGUGGGCUGAGACCUCAUCCUAACACAGAACUUGUUUGGCUUGUGGAAGCCCUUGGUGUUCCUGGCCAUUGCGGCUGUGGCCCUCUACGUGUUACCCAACAUGCGGCAGCCGGAGCCAGAGUUCUGCCUUACAGAGUGAAAGAGGUCCAAGCCAUCUGGUAUGGCGGACCUAUAGUUUCCAUCACCCCCAGCAGGACAAACUGGGCCAGAACUACAUUCCCAGCCAUCAACCCCAUCUCCUGGCGGUCCCAUCUUUGCAAUCUUAGUCUACCCAGCUCAGAAAGGCCCAUGGGGAGGUCCUGGCCCCAUUCUUCUGCCCCCCACAAGAACCUGGGCUCCUUGUA